GUUCUUGGUGGGUGUUUUAGGUUGCGUUUUUACCGGCUGCAUUUUGGCGAAUUUCGCCACGGUUUUGCGAAUGUUUUCCUCAUUGAAGAUGCUCUCGACGCUGAAUGCACUGAAACACUGCACCAGGGGGGGCUUGCGCGAUAUUUUCGAUAUCGAAAACAUGCCGGAAGUUGCAUUUACAUCACGAGAAUUUUGCCAGCCCGAUGAGUUUUUUUGACAGAUGACAGAUUGUAACGGAUCAAUGGCGACGUUUCACCAAUUUUUCACGCUAUUUGAGCCAAAAUUAGCAUAAUUACCACCUGAAAUAAUAAAUGUCUUGGCUGAAACAACAGCCGGGUGAUUUUUUAAUAAGGGGUCAUUUUGGCGGCAAAUUUGAAUCGGUUGCGUAACGCAUUGAUUUCCCCACACUUGAGAAAGUUGAGUCGCCGGGAAGACUCACAUGUGGUUAGAACAGUGCAGUGAUGGCCUUUAACAAGUUUGUUACUUUUUUUCACACUGUUUUUUACCUACUUGGGCUUUUUAUCGCAGCAACUCAAAGUGAAAAAAUAAAAUGUGUUGAAAACGGUCGUUUUUAUCGCGACCCUGACCGCCCUCCUCACAAAGUUUGGACUUCUAGUGAAUGCUCCAAAUAUUAUCUUUGCAUCGACGGCGAAGUCUUCGAUUUUCGGUGCUCCUCGGGUCUUCUUUUCGACGUCAUAAAACAAAUUUGUGAUUUAAAAAUAAACGUUGAUAACUGCGACAUCACUUCAGAAACCAUCACUCCUCGGCCAAUCCCCAAAUGUCCCAACAACCAUCAGGGAUGUACCGAUGGUACUUGUCUCCCCCAGAACUACUUCUGUGAUGGGUCUGUGGAUUGUCUCGAUGGGAGCGACGAGAGGUUCUGUGACCCAAAAAAUGACCCCUAUGGAGCAUUAGAGUGCAACUCGAGUUGUGCCCUGCCGGAGUGUUUUUGCUCCCAUGAUGGGACACAAAUUCCUGGGAAUUUGGAACCAUCAAAAGUCGCACAAAUGGUACUCUUGACAUUUGAUGGUCCCAUCAAUUCCGACAAUUGGGAAUUAUUGGGUUGGUUACUAAAUGGUGCCAAAAACCCCAAUGGGUGUCCCAUCGAAUCAACAUUUUUUGUGAGCCAUCAGCACAACAAUUACCACCAAACCCAAAAAUUAUGGAACAACGGGCAUGAGAUUGCCGUCCAUUCCGUUACGCACCGCGCUGAGGCCCAUUGGUGGUCCCGAAACGCCAGCAUUGAGGAUUGGUUCGACGAAAUGGUGGGCGAGGCUAACAUCCUCCAUCGAUUUUCGGGGGUUCGUUUGAGUGAUUUGAGGGGAUUGAGGGCCCCUUUCCUCCAGAUUGGCUCAAAUCGCCAGUUUUUGAUGAUGAAAGAGUUUGGGUUUGUUUAUGACAGUUCAAUAGUGGCCCCAUUUACGAACCCGCCCUUAUGGCCCUACACCCUAGACCACAAAAUGCCUCAUGAGUGUUCAGAAACCAAACAGGAGUGCCCGACUAGGUCAUACCCAGGCAUCUGGGAAGUGGUUUUGAACCCUUUCGAGGCUAAGGAUUACUCCUGUGCGAGACUAGACGCUUGCCCAGGUGACCUUUCAGGCGAUGAUAUUUUCAAAAUUUUGGUCAAUAAUUUUAAACGGCAUUAUUUGGCCAAUAGAGCACCUUUUGGGCUACAUUUGAACACAGCCUGGCUCAAAAACAAAGAUUAUUUUGACGCACUCCAGGAUUUUAUUGAAGAGAUCUUACAACAACCAGAUGUUUGGUUUGUGACUAAUUCACAAGCAAUUAAAUGGAUGCAAAAUCCGACUUCUGUUGACCAGUUAGACUCGUUUAAGGAAUGGAAUUGCGAUAAAGUUUUCAAAAAACAUGAAUUAGCAUGUAAAGUGCCCAAUGUCUGUAAACUUUAUUCCAGGAUUUUUCAGCAGGAGAGGUAUUUGUAUACUUGUUUUCAGUGCCCUUUGAAUUAUCCUUGGAUUAGGAACGAAUUCGGGCUCGACUAGCCCAUAAAAAGAACUGAUUAUGUUAAUACUGAUCUAAUAUUCUAUUUUAUGUAUUUUUAAUAUAUUAUUUAUUGUUUUUUAAAAUAAA